GGAAUAUUUCCACACUGGUCCAAGCUGCUAGCUUGCCGUGUAUUCAUUCAUCCCUACAUCAGCGCCACCACCAAUAUGAUAAAUCUCAAUACUCCAUGACCAUGUCGUCCAGCCUGGGUAUGGAUGACUCAGUCGCCUUUGGCAAUCCCUCCGAUUCCGAUUCGGAUUUGGAGGAGCUUCAAGGCGAUAUUGCCAAGUUUGACCAGUCGGUAAGAGAAUUCCUGGAUUCUCACCAGGGUCGCUCAGAAGCGCCACUUCCGACGCGAGGAGUGAUCAGAGGGCGUGGAGCUCGAGGCCCCCGUAAAGCUGCCAAACCUCGUGGAGAUAUCACGGCUCGAUUGGCCAAAGUCAACCAAGCUUUUCUUGGUGGAGAUUACGCAAAAGCCUUAGAUCUGGUCUCUGAAGUAAUUAGAAUCAACGCCGAAACUCACCAAGCAUGGACGGCACUGUCUUCCAUCUUCCGCGAGCAGGGCGAGAAUGCCAGGGCGCUGUCUGCCAUGGUGUAUGCCGCUCAUCUUCGGCCCAAGAAUGUUGCUGCAUGGCUUGAGUGUGCGUCCUUCGCGCUGGAUUCUCUAUAUGAAGACGAGGCGGGUAAUCUUCACACUGCACGGCUGUGCUAUUCUGCUGCCCUCAGGGCAGACCCCACGAAUCUGGAUGCUCGACUUGGCAAAGCCUCUGUAUGCCAUCGACAGGGCCAUCUAGCAGCCGCAAUAUCGGAGUAUAAUAUUGUCUUAAAACAUCGUCCAUAUGACCUCGACAUCGUGCGGAAGCUGGCAGAAGCCUGCAUCGAUAAUAAAAAUGCCGAGUCUGCUGUUCCUGCCGCUAUCAUGGCAUACCGGCGCUACUUUGAUUAUGAGAUGGGCAAUUCUCCACUGUAUGGCCCGGACGGUCCAUGGCACGAUAUCGGGAUUUAUGUUGAGCUCAUCGCCUCAACUGGCGGAUUUGCCGAAGCUAUUCACGAGCUCAAAGCAUUAUCAAGAUGGCUUGUAGGCCGAGUCCAAGAGCAAUAUUGGGAUCAGUGGCAGGUCGACGACUGUGAAUGGGAUGAUGAUGACGAUCGUAGAAGUCGUGUACCCCAUUUCCAGGGCUCCCUAUUCAGCCCAGAACUCUAUGGCCCCUCUCUUCCAUUAGACCUCAGGGUCCGGCUGGCAAUAUAUAGACUAAGGCUGGGAGAAGAAGAUGAGGCUUUUAGACAUUUGACCUGGCUAGAUCCAGAUAAUCCUCGCACUGCCGACUUUUUGACAGAAUUCCCUUUCAUCUCGUAUGAUCUUGCGAACGAACUCGCCAAAUAUGAUCAGCCACAGAGAGCUAUCAGGUAUCUGGAACUGCUUCGCGCUACUACCGAAGAGCCUGAUGCAGUUCUUUUGGUCCUGCUAGGCCGCUGCUAUCUGGCCACCGGACUGCAAUCCACUGCGGAAGAGUGUUUUCACGCGGCAAUCGAUGCCGAGGAGUACAACAUUGACGCUCGUAUUGAACUGGCCAACAUGUAUGAGAAGGCUAGGGAAGAUGAAGAAGCUCUCAUUCUUGCCGCGGAAGCAAUGGCACUGAAAGAAGCUCAAGGACAACCAGCUCUCAAUGAGCCCCUAACAAAAGAGCAGCUUCGCAAAUUUUCAAUGAAAUCGGACCGUGGUUUGCGGGAUGUGGGAGCUUCUCGAGCACGGACAGGGCCUCGACAGUCCAAGCCCAAAUCUACCCAGACAGCUCGUAUCCUACCCAGGAGGUAUCGCGCAAAGCGGUUUGCAAACCCGGACAAGCGUCGUCAAGACGAGCGAUCGCGCGCAAUCAAACUCUCCCAGCAGUAUGAACUUGUCCGUGGCCUCAAGCAACAGAUCAAAUCUGGUUCUAGCGAUCUCAUACCAGUCUGGAUGGAAUCUUGCAGGGAUCUUGUCGACGAUUUUCGAUCACUUAAAAGAUUCUAUACAUGGGACAAAUAUCUGCACUUUCUUGGAAAGAAGCAAUUGCUGGAACAGGCCGCGAGCGAAGAAGCAAAUACCGAGCUAUCACAGAUGUUUGAACGUCUCCAACGAUCUCUUGCACCUCAAGGAGACGCUAUACCCGGACCAGCUUUCGACAAUCAUCAAGGAAUAUCAUUUGAUGACUGGCUUGAUUUGUUUCUCGAUUACGCUAUUGGCUUAUCGCUUGUGCAUCGCCGCGAAGAAGCAUAUCAAGUAUGCGAAUCCGCAAGGGACUCGACUGUAUUUCAGUCACCCCAACACAACUUUGUCAUCCACAUGGCUUGGAGUGUUUGUGCUAUAAACACAAAUGACGAAGAGAAGUGCAUCACAAUAGCUCGUCACUUGAUGAGAGAUGGUGGAAUAUCUGACUCGUCUCGUAUGUUUGCAUUGCUCUCCAAGUUAUGCCAAUCCCCAGUCUCCUGGUACACCUCUGGACCAGCCCAAAAAUUCAUCCUGAGACAGAUAAAAGCCAUAGAUGUGAGCUACGAAGCCACGGCGAAGAGUGUCGCUGGAAAGCCGGACUUUGAUCAAAAUAUAACGGCCGCGGCAAAGCUCAGCAUGGACAUAUGUCUCUUGAUGCUCUAUGGCCAUAUUCUAUUUACAUCUACGAGCUAUACUUACGCAAUAGGAUACUUUUUGCGUGCUUGGUCACUAGACCAUGACAACCCCAUGGUCAAUCUGAGUCUAGGUCUUGCAUAUGUCCAUUAUGGCCUGAAAAGGCAGUCGACCAACCGGCAAUAUUUGCUCUUACAGGGCCAGGCAUUCAUCGGCAACUAUGUACAAUCUGGAGGUGGUGAGCCACAACGGCAAGCAGAGCGAUAUUAUAACGUGGGCAGGCUCUUUCAACUACUUGGAAUCGGAUAUUUAAGCUUGCAGUACUACACACAAGCUUUGGAGGCAAACAAGGCAGCGGGCGGCAAGAAGCUCUUGAAGGAUAUUAUCAUGACGAACGAAAUCAUAUCCUUACUAUCUACUAACCACAAGGCCUUAGCGCAUCAGCUUCUAGUGAAGAACAUGAAGCUAUAA